CAUUCUUUCAUCCGGUCACUUACUCCUGCAUUCAUUCCCACGUAAGUUAGUUCUUUAUUUCAACCAGUCACCAACUCAGAUUUCUUUCGUUUGGUAAAAUAACACGUGUGUCAGAAUAAAUAUAGCAAUUAUUCUCAAUUAUUCUAGUAUAUCAACGUAUGUAUGUAUCAAGUUUUUCUAUGUUUGUUGUGAUUUUCCAUAUUUUAGCACAAGCAUUUCACUGACCUCGACGAGACCUGCAUCCAGAAAACGAACAUGAAAUACUAAGUGCAACCAUGGUGUAACUUGAACCACAUUUGAAACUGUUUGCUUAUCUGUUUGUUAUUUUACAUAAGGGAACAUGUAAUUUCGGUCAGCUGCCUCUAGAUAAAUAAAAUGGCCACCGCCUUACUUCGUUCGAGUGUUGGCAAAGCAAAUUUCCAACGUUUGGUUCGUCUGCUAAUAACAGGAGGAACUGCGCUCCUGAGGGAAAUUUUUGACAAGUUUUGUCCUCCAAAUGAUCUUCCCAAGUUGCUGAAAGAUCCGAGGAUAGUAAAUCAACUUAAAGCAGCAAAGCUCGCCAAACCACUGUGGGAGUGCCUGUACCCUUCCCCAGGGGUUUACGGCAAGUCAGAAGACUUUGAUGUUACCCUGCUUUUCAGAAUACUCAGAAACAUAUUCGUGCGGACUCCUCCUGUGACAGGUUGGGAUGAACUACCAGAAAGUGCAGAUCACACUUUAGAGGCAGAUUUAGCGAGAAUUAAAAACUACCGGAACUCUAUCUAUGGUCACGUAACGCAGAACAUGGAGAUAUUAGAUGAUACUCAGUUUUUAUAUUUGUGGAACGAGAUAAGUGAGGCCCUUGUGAGGAUUGCAAGAAACGUUAGUCCUGAGAAAGAAACGGAAUGGCAGAGGGCGAUUGCUAACUUUUUGACAGACCCCCUCACAGAAGAAGAUGAACGAAAUGUGGAAGAACUGCAGAGCUGGUAUAGAAACGAUAUGGAAGUUAAGAAAUCCAUAGAGAAACUAGAGAACACAACCCAGGAAAUGAAAGACCAGAUGUAUCAACUGGGAAAGCUGCAUCAGAGUAUGGAUCGGAAGCUUAGUGUCUUAACUGAAAACCCACGACAAGAAGGAGCUCAUCUUCCACUGCGUAUUGACUGCGACAUACCUGACCCACAAGCGGGAGUCUCUGAGAUAACAGCAACCUCGCAGGAAGAAGGAGCAGGAACCCCUGUCGCCGGGAGCCCCUCUCCUACAACUCAAGAGGUUUUAAAUCUCGCUGCCAUGAAAUACUUAAACACAAUUGACCCAUCUAAACCAGAAGAACUGAAUGGAUUUGUGCGGUAUUUAAAGGAGGUUCGUCGAGCUUUGAUAGUGGAGACAAAGCUUGGGAGUUUGAUAAUCACAGUGGAAUGCAUCUCCUUGGAAAUACUUGACGGACUGUGGAACGACUAUCGCACAGGUUAUCUGAACGAAAUGGCUCAAAAGUACCUUGCUACACAGGAACUUUUAAUUGAACUUGGUCUUCGGGAUGUAAAGCUCACGGUAACUAUUCUGGAAAAUGAGUACAAAAAAUGUCAAGAGUAUUUCCUACAGCAUUCAGGUACGUUCAGUUUUCUGAAAUUAAACAUUUUCUUAGUCAAAUUGUUUCAAAAUUUGUUUGUCUUGAUGCAAAAACGGAACGGGGAAGGGGUCGAGGUAAUGAAACAGCUCGUGGGACGCCUCGAGGGAAACCCGCUGCUAGGGGUACGCAUUCUUCGCAAAAGAAAGUGCGCGAAGGAGCGGCCAGAGAAUAUUGUUACGAUGGUCGUUGGAAGAAAGGGGAUAAAGGAAGAGGAAGAGGACAAUGGCGAGGACGAGGCUUUGACAGCACACGAGGAGGACCACAACAAAGAGGAGCUUGAUGUGUUCCAAGAGUAUUGUCUGGACGGUAAUUUUCCAUCUCUGCCAGGGGGACAUGGCCCCCGAAGUGGGGCUGAGCUAGAGCCACGUCAGCGUCCAGAUGCAGCUUCCCAAGGAUUCAAACAGCCUAACAUCAAGUAUGAGUGGAACAAAUUGUACGUAUUGGGUUUACACUACAAAACAACACCAGACGCUGUGAAGAAUUAUAUUGAAAGAAUAAGCAGUUAUGAUGUGAAGUAUGUCGAGUGGUUUAAACCAAAUGGAAAAGCCAUUGUGACGUUAGACACUCCCAAGAUUAUAGGUUUUGCAGACAUUCUCGAAGCGGCGAAAAAUAGGCCCCUUGAAGGUGUGCAGGUGGUUAUUGAAAGAGCCCCUGAGUGCAAGAGCAUAUUCGCGAGUGGAUUUUCUGAACAAACUACUCAGGAUGAAGUAGCAAGCUACUUUGAUGGUUGGGGUGAAAUAGAAGAUAUUAAAUUCAGCAAUCCAUGGGACGAAAAAGUGAAGGAAAAGAGAGCUAUCGUUUACUUCAAACACAAAAAGAGUGAGUUACUCUAUAAAUAUAACAGUUUCAUCUGA